AUGGAAACUCCACCUCCGAAAGUUAUCAUGGAUCUUGUCAAGACAAAAUUAGGUGUUGAUAUAUCAUAUUCCACGGCGUUGAGAGGAAAAAUUCAAGCUGUUACUGAUUUGAAAGAUAGCCCGGGAGAAAGCUACAAGAUGUUGCGAUGUUAUCUGCACAUGUUAGAGAAGGUUAAUCAUGGUACAAGAUUAUAUGUGCAUUGCAAUGAGAAUAAUAAAUUCAUGUACUUGUUCAUAGCUUUGGGAGCUAGCGUUGAAGGAUUUAAAGUCAUGAGGAAAGUUAUAACUAUGGAUACAACUUUUCUAAAGAACGGAUAUAAGGGUAUUCUUGUUUUUGCGUCGGCUCAAGAUCCUAACCGUCACCAUUAUCUCUUGGCGUUUCGUGUUCUUGAUGGUGAGAAUGAUGCAAGUUGGAAUUGGUUUUUGGAGAUGUUGAAAACCGUUGUUGGAGAUUCUUUGGAAAUAGUAUUUAUGACUGACAGAAAUACAAGUCUCAUAAAAGCCAUAGCUAAUGUGUAUCCUCUGGCUCAUCAUGGUUUUUGUAUAUGGCAUUUAUCCCAAAAUGUGAAAGGUUAUGCUCAUAACGUCAACAAAAACGUUGUUGCAUGGAGAUUCAUGGAGUGUAGUAGGUUUUACACAGUGGCUGAGUUCAACAUUGCUUACGCUUCUUUUACGACAAGAUAUCCUUCUGCUGCCAAGUAUCUUGAAGAAUCUACCCAAAAAGAAAGAUGGGCAAGAUGCGUUUUUCCAAAAGAUAGAUACAACCUAGACACAAGCAACUGUGUUUAA